AUGUACGCUUCAAAACAAAAUAAUGAAAAAUUUAUGAAAAGAAUGAAAGGUUUCGACUCAACGCAUAUUCCACCGUGCUGGAAAUCUUUGAAACAAAAAUUGUUGCGGACAAUCUUUGUUAAUUCAAUGUGGUUAAAUGCUACUGAGCCGAAUUGUAUCAAGUUUAACGCGGAAAAUAACGGCUGGCUGUUAUUAGAUGGUGUCCUAAAACCAACAUGGUUCCUGGGAGACUCAACUCCAACGCAAGUUGAGAGUGUGCUAUGUGAUUCCACGAACAAAUCUUCCGAUAAUGACGACGAUUCUGAUAUUAGUAACGAUAAAAGUGAUAGCUCCGAUGAAAUAUAA